AUGGAGACUCAGAAGCGGAAGAGAACCGCCGUCGCCUGUCAUUACUGCCGUCGAAGAAAACGCAAAUGCGACGGCAGGCAACCCGUCUGCACUCUCUGCGAGGAAGCCAAUAACUCUGAGUGCGAGUAUCCCGCCACUGAAGAACACAAAAGACCAAUCUCCGCAGACCAGACAGCCGAGAUCCUCUCCCGCCUGCAACGCAUCGAACAGUCCUUCGCACACUUCGCGUCCCUCCCGUCAACAUCCCACCCUCAGCCAGAUGACCACUACACCCCGAACUCACACACAUACCCACCGCCAUUCCAGAACCCAUCCCCAGAGUCCGCCUUCCCGUCCCCAGGCUAUGGAACUCUCUCCGUCGACCCAUCGCUCCACAUCCCCUCCGCCGCCGCGACCCCCGUGGCGCCCCCGACGGAACCAUGCAUCACCGCGCCCAUGGCAAUCCCCAUGUCCCACUCCACCACCACAGGGAGCCUCCUACAAUCACGUUCCGCCAAAGCGCUGCUCGGGGACUACCCCUCCGACGUCUUCCUCCGCGUGGAGAGCAAGAGGGCCCUCCCUGAGCCGCUGUCCCUGACCCCGAUACCCCUGAGCCAGAUUGUCUUUCCGGAGAUCGAUGCGGAGGAAGCAUCGUCGUUGGUCGAUAACUUCUUCGACCUUGUGAAUCCGCAGCAUCCCAUCCUCGACAGGCGAGACUUUGAGCACAUCUAUCGAGAUGUCGUGGGGAGCCCCUUGCAAGCUGACCUGCGCUCUGUUUUGGUCCUGGUUGUGUUGGCUCUAGGGCACGCAUCUGUCGACACGCCUGAUUUGACGCGAGAUGGGUGGUUACCUGGCGUGGAGAUGUUUACGCCCGCGUUGCAGGUGCUUCUCGGGACGUGGUUCAACUCGUUCGGGGAUACGAUCCUGCUCCCGCAAGGACUGUAUCUUGCUGCGUUGUACUACAGCUACCUCUCAAGACCGCUUCAGGCUUGGAGACUGGUUCACAUGGCGUCGACGAGUAUACAGCACUAUCCCAUCCGCGACAUCAUAGCAGAACACCACCUCCCCCGAAGCGGCAUCGACCAAGUCAUCGAAAACCUCCCCUUCCCGCGCUGCGGCAACCCGCCCGACCCCGCCAUGCUCUCCUGGCUCGCAGACCUCUCCGCCCGGCGCCUGCUCAACCGCAUCCACCACGUAAUGUACGACACCGCCUCCCCGACCACAAAUUCCGCCACCGCGGACGCCUUCGCCUCCGUCUCCGCGGAGCUGAGCCACCAGCUCGGCGCGUGGUACGACCUGCUCCCGUCCGCGAUCAAGCCCGAUCUGCAUACCGCGAGCGGCAGCUCGCUGAGCGUCGACGAGGCGAUUAUGGUGCUGAGGUACCAUGCCGCGGGGGACAUCAUCUUCCGCCCGUUUCUGCACCAGGUGUGUGGGACGGAGGGCGGUGCGGUGCCUGGGGAGGUGGUUGUUGAGAAUGCGAAGAGGUGUUUGGGGCAUUGUCGGGGGUAUUUGGAUGUGGUGGAGUAUAGGUUGAAGGGGUCUUGUGGGUCGUUGGAGAUUGUGCUGCAUUCCUUCCCUGUCUCUGGAGAGGUCUCGGCCUUGCUAAGCAGUGACAUGGGCAGGACGCUGGCCGUGAUUUUGUUGUUGACGUUGGCUUCGCUGUCGCCGGUCUUAGCGGAGGCCGUGCCGGAUAUUGAUGAACUCCAGAUCAAGGCGAUAACCCUGGUUGAGAAGUGGGCGUUUCCGGGGUCAAGUAUAGAAAGCAUGUUGUCUAUCCUGCGGACGAUGAGGUCCAAGUAUCAGAUACUCUACUGA